AUGAAGCCGACAGGAAUAAGUCGCACCGCGGAAACAGGCGACGAUGUAUUCCAUCAUUUACUCGGCCACAUGGCCACUCAGCAUCUAGACCUUUUGGCCGGGUUUCAGGACCAGGAUGGUCCAGACCUGGCGGCAAUCGUUGCCAUAAGUGUCGUUGUAUCGUCCGUCAAGCGAGUCCAAUCCCUGGAGAACAAGGUCCCAGAACAGGCGAUAGCCAUCGGUUCCUCUGAAACUAUCAAAAAAGAUCUGGAAACUCGAGUCAGGAACGCUCACGAUGCUCUCAAAACGCUGGCUACUCACCGCGGGUGUCGGAACAGCACCUGCACCGAGACAUUCUCACUAUAUUGA